CAACAACAACAACAACAACAACAACAACAACAACAACAACAACAACAACAACAACAACAACAGCAAGUACUAAGUACUAUCCUAUCAUAUACCACCCAAGCCAAAAACAACAGUAGUAGUAGAAGUACUAGUAAUUAUCCGAUUCACCCUCCCACUUUACACACGCGCCCUCGCUCUCCCCCAGCCCCAAGCCCCAGCCACAGCAAUGGUAGUAAGCCAACAAGCUCCGCGCCCCACCCAGUCCAACCCAUCCAGCCCCAAGCAAGAGGAGAAAGACGACGACGACUACGACAACGGCAACGACGGCAACAGCACCAACGCGCUGCACUGUAUUGAUUGCACGAGCAGUAACGACAACAACGACGACAUCUCAUCAUCCGCAGCAGCAGCCACAGCAGCAGCAGCAGCAGUUUCUUCCUUCGCCCCCAUGCACCCGCCCCACCCACCUACCCACCUAUCCCAAGAAAAGGGCAAAGAGGAGAGGAAGAGGAAGAGGAAGAAGGAGAGGGAUUAG